CCUCAUUUUAUAAGAUACAAUUAAAUGGUACAUAUUUCGUUUGUUCAUAAACUAUGUAAUUGGUAUUUCACCUCGUUCGUGGCUAUCGCUGCAUAUGACGACAUUACUUGGAGACCAUGGAUAGUAGUGGGGGUAAUGACGUCGUAGCUCUCGCUUGCUCCAUUCACUGACCGGCCGUCGCCGCGAGUAGUCGUGAGUUUGUCCUGCUUUCUUCUGCACAUCGAUACCGUUCCAGGAUCUAACGGAAUAUCCCGGAAGCGUGUUUUGGACUUUCAUAGUUCUUUCUGUACAGAUUUUUUCAAUAGAUUGUUAUAGAUUUUUGUUAUACAUAUAAAAGGUAUUAACCUCGAUCGACGUAUUUUAAUCAAAGCCUGGAAUGUAUUUGUGAAAGCUACUUAUUCUUUCCAUCUUUCUUCCUUUCGUGCUUUGCACUGUGUGCGCGCGCGUACUCGUGUGUAUGAUUUGUGUACAUAAUAGUGUUUGUACGGAUUCGAGAAGGUCUUUGGACGCGAAAGGAUACGAUCGAUUACAAUUCGUGGAAGGAGAUAUGACUGUCGCCGGAAAGAAAUACGUAGAUUAUACCGUCCUAGAAACUGAAAAUAUUGCUGACGCUGAAGAUUCUUCUUACGAUAGUGAUUACGAGGCUGAAGAUUCAGUCGGAUCUACAAAUAUUCAUUCACAAGUGGAAUUGCAGGUUUCUACUGCAAGUCACUCAAAUGUGUCCCGGACUGCUUCAGAUACAUUGGCUGCUGAAUUUGCAGAAUAUGUCACGGUACAAGAAAGUCCGCCCGUUCAAAGUCCAGGGUACACUGCUCGAGUAGAAUUCGCCCUUAAACUUGGAUAUACGGAACGUUUACUUCAGACAGCGCUAGAGAAAUUGGGUCCAGAUCCAGAACAAAAUGAACUUUUGGCCGAGUUGAUAAAACUCGGUGCUAGUUGCUCUCAAAAAUCAGUCGACACGCCAGAAGAGGCUGAUAACGUCACAGACACUGACUUCAUGUCUAGCGAAAACAGUGGAUGCUCCAGUAGUCUUAGAUCUGUUGUAAUUGAUGGAAGCAACGUGGCGAUGAGCCACGGAAACAAUGAAAUAUUUUCUUGUAGAGGAAUUAAAAUUUGUGUAGACUGGUUUAAGGCUCGAGGGCACAAAGAAAUCACCGUGUUUGUACCAAAGUGGAGGAAGGAAACCUCUAGGAUUGAUAAUCCUAUCGCUGAUCAAGAAAUUUUAGGAGAAUUGGAAAGGGACCGUUUGUUAGUUUUCACUCCAUCUAGAUUAGUUGGUGGCAAAAGAAUGAUUUGUUACGAUGAUCGUUAUAUCUUAAAACUAGCAGCAGAAAUUGAUGGUAUUGUUGUCAGCAAUGAUAAUUAUAGGGAUUUGGCACAGGAAAAUCCAGAGUUUCGAAAAGUUAUAGAAGAAAGAAUUUUAAUGUAUACCUUUGUAAAUGAUCGUUUUAUGCCACCAGAUGAUCCACUAGGUAGAAGUGGUCCCACGUUAGAUAAUUUUUUAAAAACUUUUCCUCAAAAAACCGAUCCUGCACCACCUUGCCCAUAUGCGAAAAAAUGUACUUAUGGGAAUAAAUGUAAAUUUCGACAUCCUGAAAGAGGCCUGCAUCCUCAGAAAUCAGUUACAGAGAAAUUAGUAGAACAUGUGCAAAAGCAGCUUCAAGUAAAAGGUUCAAAUCCAAGUGUAUUUGCAUCAAACAAUAUAUCUUCCAAUACAUAUCAGCACCAACCACUUUGUAAAACCAAAUCAAUGGUAACUACUACUAUUCAGUCGUUACCUUCAGUUACAAAAAGUAGAUCAGCAGAAAAUGUUAUGCUUGAACAACCAAUAAAUUCUACUAUACAUGGGUCACAAGUUCCAUCUACCACAAGUUCUCAAGGUUAUCGUUCUCCCUGCCGGUCAACAGGAAGAAUGAAUAAACCAGAAACAGAACCACCAAAUAUACAUAAAAAAUUGCAGAGACAGUUGACUUUAAAUCCAGUCUACGAUCCUCGACUCCACCAGCUGAGACAAUAUCAACAAACAUCUCAAAUAAAUUCAUUAUCACAGCAAACUGUAAUAACAUCUUCUACAGCACAGCACAGAUCUUUAACUAGACAUUCUAGCAACGAAUCAGCCUAUAAAGUUGGCAUGAAUUGGGACCAUACUGAAGGAGGACAGCAUCAUCAACAUGUAACACGUAUUGCUUCAGCGCCAGAUUCUUACCAAGCAUGGUUGUCAAAUAAUUCAAACAUGACUUUACCAUCAGGAUCGAAUCAACGAUUGGGUGCUUCAGAUUCACAAUUAAAUGUCCAUAUAUCUCCCUUAUAUUCAGCUAUGCCGCCAGACAUGUUAAGGGAUUUUCUCGACAUCAGAGCAAAAAUACAUUAUCAUUUGUCAAAUGUUUUUCCUGAGGAACAUGUGAGAACCGCUAUGCUAAUUCAUCCAUUUGAAACAGAUGCAGUGGAAAUCUGUGUUGCUAUUUUGAAAAUGUAUCCCCAAUAAUGGAAUAAGAAAAUCAUUUCGUACAUUUA